GGUUCCUUUCGCUACGGUAAUUCUCUUCGCGGCUACACUGUUUUAUGGUCAUAGAAUAUUUUUUUAUAUUUUCAAUUUUUCAUUAUCUUUUUGAGGUUGGUUUUUUUUCAAUGUUUAGAGAAUUUUGUUAUUUUAUUUACGUUUUUUUCGAUCUACCAAAUUAUUCGAAUUCGUAUUAAUGUUGACUGUUUUGUUUAUUAUUUCUCUUAAGUCAUCGACUUCUCUCAACGUAAUUUGUGUUCAAUUUCUUUAAAAAUUAUUAAUAUGUGAAUUGUGAAUAGACCAUGUAUAUUUUCUCCUUGUUCGAGUGUUUUAGGAAACUUCAAAUGAAUUUCAGAUAAUGUUGAAUGUUAUAUCAUAUUAAUCAAUUUAUAUCUUCUAAAUAAAGUUUAUUAUCAUUUAACAAUACAAUUGUCUGUUUAAAGUUAGUUCUAUAAAACUGUUAAAAUCUCAUUAAACUUAUUGAUUAAUUACAUAUUAUAUUCUUAAUAAUUCUGUGUUAGGUACCUACUUACUACAAUAAUGACAUCAUCAGAAGAUGUGCUCCUUCAAGUGGGGCCUGUACGGCAUAAAAAAGGCGAUGGAACAUUAUACGUGAUGAGUCAACAUGUAGCAUUCAUCUUGAAUUCUAGUGACACUGUUGCCAUAAGCCACCAUUAUAGAGAUAUAAAAAUGCAAAAGAUUUCAUCAGAAUUCAAGAACAAAGUGCAAUUACAAUUGGUGUUUCACGAUGAAACUAUUUCACUAUUUCAAUUUACAAAUUCUGAGAGGUACUAUUUUUUGAAUAAUUAAUUUCAUUAAAUAUUUUUGUAUAAAUCACCUAAGUCCUAAAUCAAAUACAAUAUGUAGGUAUUAGAUAGCAAUGAGUUUAUUGUUUUUCAAAAUGUUUAUAAAUUUUAUUAGUAAAACUAUUAUUAAAAUAGAAUAUCUUUUAAUAAUGAAUUCAAAUUUUUUUUUAAUAGGAGUGAUGCAAUGCGAGAUAGAAAUCGAGUUAAAGAUUUAAUACAACAACUACUCCCAAAAUAUCAAAAACAGGCAAACAAAGAAUUUGGAGAAAAAAGUCGUAUUCUUGGUGAAAACCGCAUGUUAUUUCAAUUGUAUCAAGAUCUAGUCAUUACUCAUGUCAUAACACCUGAAGAAUUUUGGUCACAACAUGUACCUUACCAUCUAGCUACUCAAUCUAAAAUAAUCACUCAAAAAACAGGUGUCCCAAAUAAUUUCCUCACUAAUGUUACUGUCAAAAGUGAUGGUACAAAAAAGUUUAAUUUAUCUAAUGAUACUAUACAAUGUAUCUUUAAAACAUAUCCAGCUGUGCGUCAAAAACAUUUAGAAUAUGUACCACAUCAACUUACUGAGUCAGAAUUUUGGCAAAAGUUCCUAGAGUCACAUUAUUUUCAUAAAGAUCGUAUAACUACAGGUAGUACAAAAGAUCUAUUUAAUGAUUGUGCUAAAUUGGAUGACAAUUUAUUUAAAAAUGAAAUAAAAGAUUUGUCUAAAAAUAAUUCAGAUUGUUAUGUUGGAUUGAUCGAGGACGAUGGAUCAGAUGAUAAUAUAAAUUCUACAUCCGAAGAAAAAUCUUCCAUGGCUAAUCUUGUACAUGAAAAUAUAAUUAAACGUUUUAAUCAACAUUCAAUGAUGGUUCUCAAGACUUGUGAAAAAUCUAAUUCAAAUCCCAUACCCAAUGGAAAUGAUGUAAAAGUGUCAUCUCAUACUAAUGGAACACCAGAUACUUCAUUGAAAAGGUUAAAAAUUCAAGAAAAAAUUGGAUUUGAAGAUUUAAAUCCAGAAAUUGAAAUUUUAGACCUUAAUCAAAAAAAAUUAAAACUAUCCAGAGUGGAAAGUUAUGUUAACGGUUUGACAAGAGAACACAAACAUGAUAAUACUACUUCCAAACUUUCUAAAGCGAGGGAAGUCCAAAAGAGUAUAAUUUAUGAUGUUUAUGAAUGGAGUAAGUCAACUUCAAAUCAAGUAAUUGAACCAAGUGCAGCUGUUAACACCCUUGGUUUACUUACACCUGGUGGGAGUUUAAUGAAGGGAAUCAGUGAUGAAUCUGCUUCAUUAGCACAACUAGUACCAGUUACAGUAGAAAAAGAUUUACGUCAGUUGUAUAUUUCAUUAGGUGAACUUUUAAGGCACUUUUGGUCAUGUUUUCCAGUUACUACACCAGCAUUAGAAGAAAAAUUAAUGAAAACUCACGAUUCUUUACGUAAAUUUCAAAAUGCUAAAAUCAAACCUUUUGAAGACCAAAUAAUUAUUAAUCAUGGUCAAUUAAAUCAGCUUACAAAUCAUUUAAAUUUAAUGUUGCAUACUGCUUACAAUAAAUUUUCUCUUUGGCACUCAAGGCGAAAAAUACCUAAUAUUCUUUGACAAGUGGCUAAACAUGUGUUCUUGUACUACAUGUUUAAUGUGCAAUUGUCCCCUUUUUUGAAAUUCAUAAUAUAAAUAUAUAUGAUUGAUAACAUAUGUGUCAUAUGAAAAAAAUUUAAAUGUAUAAUAUAAGCCACCAUUUAACAUCCAAAAAUGUAUGGUUAAUAGUCACUAAGAUAUUAUUUUUAUAGAAAUAAAUAGAUAAAUUUGUAUUAUAAAUUAUCUAUAAUUUAUACCCUACCUACUUAUUUGCGGUGUAGGGAUAAAAAACAAGGGUUUUUAUUUUACUAUAAAAUAACAACAGGUAAUUUAUUGAAUUAUACAUUUAUUAUAUAAUCUAUAAGUCAUAUUAUGUCCAAUGAAUAUAACAAAAAUUUGAAUUAAAUUUUUAAGAGAUGUACUGAUUACAAAUAUGUAUUGUUUGAUUCCUAGUGUCUUAAGUUAAAAAUGUUUAAUAGUUUCUAAUUUUAAUUAUUAUUAAAAUAUCUUUAUUGUUAACCAACAUAAUAUUUUAAUGUAAAGUUGUUUUUCAUUUAUACAAAAUGCAUGUAUUAUUAUUUUUGUUAAAAUUAUUUUAAUGUGUGAAAAUAAAUCUCAAUUUUAAUGUUAGGAAAAAAAUAUAUUUACGCCAAAUUAAAUACAGAUUCACUGGCCUGAAUUACUUGGGCCUAGAAAAAAAUAAUACGUAUAUAUUUAUAAAAUGUGUUUAUGUGUAAUUUAAUAUGUAAACAAAUAAAGAGACUGGUAAAAUGUAAAGGUAUUAAUUUUCCAUAUUUGUGUGUUAUCUUAUGUUAAUACUUAAUAGAUAUAGUAACAUUUUUUUACGAUUUUGUUAUCUUAUUUUCUACUAUAUGAUUAUAGUCUUAAACGAGUUUCACCAAUGACACAGGUUAAGAUAUCAAUCUAUGACCAAUGGGCAAUAAACAAACAAAUUGACUUUUAUAUAUGCUAUAUAUUUAAAUUAACAAUGAAAUGAGUAAUAUAAAAAAUAAAAGUUGUUUUAGAUUAAUAAUGAAUACAUUUAAAAUAUAAAUAAAAAAAUGGCAGUUGUAGGUGGAAAGUAGGCAAGAAGCAUAAUUGUUUGAUUUUUAUCUGUACACAAUAAAUAAAUUGCGGAAUAAGAUUCUGACUGUAAUUCAGUUAUAUGUGAUAU